CUGCUCUGCCCGAACUCACGUCUCUUUCUCUCUCACGCCAAAAACGUACACUUUCCCACAAUAAACGCAGCAUUUUAAGGAUUUUUAAGGAUUUUGGAUUUCUUUUUUUUUACAGUUUUCAGGGUCUACUUUACGUCGGCGGAGGGAUUUGGCUCUAAACUGAGCUGCGGAUAAUUUUGAAAAGAGCGGAACAAAAUGUGAAAAGCUCUCUGAUCUACAAUGAAGAGUCCGAUUAAAGACAUCAUAAUAGCAGCGUUUCUGUGGAACUGUGACUAUUUUAAUCAACCCUGAAUUUGAUAUUUUUUAAAUUAUUUAUUUAUUUUCAAAGAUGAGCCGGACUCACUAUUAAAUAAUUCAUUGUUUUAUUUAUUUUUAUGUUUGGUCAUUUUCACAAUGCUGGAAGACUCGUCAAAUUCUGAAGGAGCGAACCACACAUCGCAGAUGUCUUUUACGCCAAAUGAUUUAUUAAAUCAAGAACAUUUUGAACUGCAAAAUUUGAGCAAAACUGACGGAGAAAUAAAUGGAAACUUGGACGAAUCUCAGGUUUUGGUCGAGAUGGGCGUUGCCAAGGCCAGCAAAGCAAUCAGACCAUUUUUGGCCAAGGCUGUCGAUAAUAAUUUGGAGAAAAAUGUCCCAACGAAUGUAAACAAUUUGUCAAAUUAUUUCAGUUCAAAAUCCAGUCUGGAAAGCAGUGAAACAGACUAUGGAAAUGACUUUGAGCACAGUGAAUCACAAGAGAGAAGUGGGAAGAAUUCUACCUCGGUACAUUUUGGCGAAGUGAUGAUGAGCGAUGAAAGGGAACGGUUUGGGCCGGUCCGGACGAGCAUUGACAGCUCCGCCGUGAGGUGGUCGGAGGACGAAGACGAGGACGGACGGAGCAUUCUGUCCAGGAGGAGCGUGGCUGAGUCAGUCUGCUGCUGCUUCCAGGCGGUGCACAGAGGAUGCCUGCGCUGUGUGGAGGAGACGCCCGCCAUGUUGUCCGGUUUGGUUCUGUCUCUGUGCCUCUGUAUCGCCCUCAUCAUCCUCCUCUCCACCACCGGACGGAAAGUCGUGGUGCAUGUGGGGGCCUUGUCCGUGGUCUCUAUAGUGCUGUGUCUGAGCACGCUGCUGCUGGUGUGCUUGCCCUGGCUGGCCACGGUGAGGCGAUGUGGAGGAGCCCUGGCCCUGUUCGUUUGGGGGACCCUCGUCACCAUCGCCGUGGUCUUCAUCUUCACCGGAGGACCAGUGAGGGCAUGGGAUCAGGUUGCGUUCUUCAUGUUCCUGUCGUUCAGUGUGUAUUCAGUGCUGCCUCUGUCUCUGGCCUGGGCUCUGAUGGUCGGAAUUUUCACCAGUGUCGUCCACAUCAUCGUCAUCAGUGUGUAUGUCCCAGUGACCAGCCCACACCUGCCAGACCUCGCUGUGCAGCUGGUGUCCAAUGCCUUGCUCUUCUUGUGCAUAAACUGCGUUGGAAGUUUCCACUUGUGGGCGACGGAGCACGACCUCCGAAAGUCCAACCAGAAACGAGAAGAGUUCAGCACCAUUCGCUCCCAGAAGGAAGUGCAGAAAUACCAACAGGAGCAGCUUCUUCUGUCUGUGUUGCCUCGGUACUUGGCCAAAGAGCUGAAGGCCGAGGUGAUCGGUCGUUUGACCAAACCCGGGUCCAGAGCUCAGCCAGUAGCGGAGGACAAGAACAACUCACGCUUCCACAGCCUCUACAUCAGACAGCACAAGGACGUCAGUAUCCUGUACGCUGACAUCGUGGGCUUCACCAAACUGGCCAGUACCUGCACCCCGGAGGAGCUGGUGGCUGUGCUCAACAAACUGUUUGGACGAUUUGACGACAUCGCAAAGAAAAAUGGCUGCCUGCGCAUUAAAAUCCUGGGUGACUGUUACUACUGUGUCUCUGGUCUACCUGAUCCUAUCCCAACCCACGCUAAGAACUGUGUUCAGAUGGGACUGGAUAUGUGCACCGCUAUCGGUAAAUUGCGCGAGGCGACGGGCGUGGACAUAAACAUGCGUGUGGGCGUGCACACGGGAAAUGUUCUGUCUGGAGUCAUUGGUUUACAGAAGUGGCAGUACGACGUCUGGUCACAUGACGUCACUCUGGCCAAUCACAUGGAGUCGGGCGGCCUUCCCGGCCGCGUGCACAUCACACAGGAGACGCUGAUGCAUCUGGACGGGGCGUUCCUGGUGGAGCCCACUGACGGCGCGAGCAGAGACAACCUCCUCCAGGGCAGAAACACCUACCUCGUCAUCGACCCCGAGAAACCACAGAGCGCCGCACGCAGGAACAGACUGGGAGCACACCUGACCGCGGAGGGCCAGCGUCAGAGAGCCUCCGUGCGCAUGUCUCAGUACCUCCAGUCCUGGCAAACCAUCCACCCAUUCGCAGACCUCAGCAACCCCAACGCCAAGCCCUCCAAGAGGCACCUGCUCCGGAGGUACAUGGGGCUUAACCACUCCCACCAUCUACAGGAAAGAGGCUACUAUCAGAACGACUCCUCAGGAUGGCUGGCAGUCGAUGUAGUUCGAAGUUCACUGGAUCCAAUCGAUACUGCGAGGUGGAGAAAGAAAAAGUUGAACUGUUUAACUCUGCUGUUUAACGACUUGGCUCUAGAAAGAAAGUUCCGGUUGUCGGAGGUUCGGGGUUUGCACAGAUCCAUGACGGUUUUGGUUCUGAUCUUUGUCAUUAUGUUUGCCGUCCAGAUGCUCGUGUCUGAAAUAAACUUCCAGAUGGCUAUUUCCUAUGGAGUCACUUUCCCUGUUUUGGUUUUACUUCUGUCCAUCACCUUCAUAGGAUAUUUAAAGAAAUGGCGUUCAAAGUUGCCGCCAAGUCUUCACUGGGUUUAUGGGUUUCCACGUGGAGUUUCGUUUCAAGCAGUUCUUCGUCUGUUUGUGAUCAUUCUGUGUGUCCUCAUCACUCUCACUAUGGCCAUCCUCAACUACUUUUUCCAACCAGGAGACAACUGCAGCUCCAUCACCGACAUCAACGAGCUGCAGGGACUCCGGCUGUACACUGGACCGUAUUAUCUGUACUGCUGCCUGCUGGCCAUGCUGGGAGUGGUGGUUUUCGUGAAGACCUGUAUGUCGGUGAAGGUGCUAUUACUAACGUUAGCAGUGGUCGUUUAUUUGGCGCUCUUUCUUCACGUUUAUGCCCCGAGAUCCUUCUGCUACGUCGACCUGAUCUACAACGGCACGCACAAACCCGGAGUCCUCAAAGACCCUCAGAUCAUGUCCGGAGUUUGGCUCGUCAUCUUCUACGUGGUUGGGCUCAUUUUGGCUAGACAGGAUGAGCUAAACUGCCGUGUGGACUUCCUGUUGGAGCACUGCUUUCGUUUGGAGCGAGAGGAGAUGGAGACGAUGGAGAACGUAAACAAACUUCUGCUCCAAAAUGUCCUCCCGCUGCACGUGGCCUCCGUCUUCAUGGGCAAAAACAUCCGAAACCAGGACCUGUACAGCCAAUCGUACGACUUUGUGUGUGUGAUGUUCGCCUCCGUUCCGCAGUUUAAAGAGUUUUACAACGAAGACAGCUUCAGUAAAGAGGGUCUCGAGUGUCUGCGCUUCCUCAACGAAAUCAUCUCCGACUUCGACGAGCUGUUGUCCAAACCAAAGUUCAGUUCAGUGGAAAAGAUUAAAACCAUCGGCAGCACUUAUAUGGCAGCAGCCGGCCUCACUCCACCAGGAGAGGAGAGAAAGGAAAAUUGUGAGCUAUCGUACAGCCACGUGAGGGCCAUGGUGGAGUUUGCAUUCGCUUUAAUGGGGAAACUGGAGGCCAUCAACACUCACUCUUUCCAAAGCUUCAAACUCAGAAUAGGUAUAAACCAUGGUCCGGUGAUAGCAGGGGUCAUAGGAGCUCACAAACCGCAGUACGACAUUUGGGGAAACACUGUGAAUGUGGCCAGUCGAAUGGACAGCACCGGAGUUCUGGACAAAAUACAGGUGACGGAAGAGACAAAGCAGAUGGUGGAGAGUGUCGGAUACAGCUGCACUUUACGAGGAGUCGUGAAUGUGAAGGGAAAAGGAGAACUGACAACGUACUUUAUCAAUUCUGACCACUACUGAUCAAUAUGAAGCCUGUACCCUACUGCCACUACAACUGUGUGGAGUACUAUUAGCUUUAAAGGAACUGCAUGUAACCUGCUUUACAAGUUUUGAGUUUUCACAUGAGUCAUUUUAGGUUUAGACAACUGGAUUUCAGCGUUAAAAGUGGCAACCCAAUAAGA